CAGAAGCUGAGGCGAAAUGUGAAUUUACUUGAGAAGCUGGUUAUGCAGGAGACGUUGUCAUGUUUGGUAGUGAACCUCUAUCCGGGAAAUGAGGGUUAUUCACUUAUGCUCAGGGGAAAAAAUGGUUCAGAUUCUGAGACCAUUCGGCUGCCUUAUGAGGAAGGAGAGCUGCUUGAAUAUUUGGAUGCAGAGGAACUACCACCUAUUUUGGUUGAUCUUCUAGAAAAAUCUCAGGUUAAUAUUUUUCAUUGUGGGUGUGUCAUAGCAGAAAUACGUGACUAUAGGCAGUCUGGUAACAUGAAGUCUCCAACGUACCAAAGCAAGCACAUUCUUUUGCGUCCUACAAUGCAGACUUUAAUUUGUGAUGUGCAUUCUAUAACAAGUGACAACCACAAAUGGACACAGGAGGACAAACUCCUACUUGAGAGCCAACUUAUUUUGGCUACUGCAGAGCCUUUGUGUCUUGAUCCUUCAAUAGCAGUGACCUGUACUACAAACAGGCUCCUGUACAACAAGCAGAAGAUGAAUACUCGCCCCAUGAAACGGUGCUUCAAAAGGUACUCAAGGUCGUCUCUGAACAGACAGCAGGAAGUAGCUCACUACUCAACUCCACCUCAGCUUAGACUACUUGACUACUUACAGAAAAGAAAGGAGAGGAAAGGAGCCCAGCAGUAUGACCUCAAAAUUUCUAAAGCUGGAAAUUGCGUAGAUAUGUGGAAACAGAACCCUUGCUACUUGACUGCACCUUCUGAAGUGGAUGUGGAAAAAUAUGCCAAAGUGGAAAAGUCUAUCAAGCCUGAUGACUCACAACCAACUGUCUGGCCAGCACAUGAAAUAAAAGAUGAUUAUGUGUUUGAAUGUGAAGUUGGUAAUCAGCUUCAAAAAACAAAACUGACGAUUUUUCAGUCUCUUGGAAAUCCCUUGUAUUACGGUAAAAUUCAGACACUCAAAGGUGAUGAGGAAAAUGACAACCUAUUAGCUCCGUCACAGUUCCUUAUUGGUUCGAAGACUGAUGCUGAAAGGGUGGUGAACCAGUAUCAGGAGUUAGUACAAAAUGAAGCUAAAUGUCCUGUGAAAAUGUUUCAUAAUUCCAGUGGAUCAGUCAACCUUAGUCAUCUUUCUCCAGGGAAGGAAAUGGAACCAGAAAGUGUAUCAGGCUCUGUUCAGUCUUCAGUAUUGGGGAAAGGUGUAAAACACCGACCUCCUCCCAUCAAAUUACCUUCAAGUUCAGGAAGUAGCUCUUCAGGUAAUAUUUUUAGUCCACAACAGUCAAGUGGCCAUCUAAAAUCCCCAACUCCUCCUCCUCCUUCUUCUAAGCCUCCUGGUCUUUCUCGGAAACAAUCUAUGGAUCUUAAUCAAGUUAGCAUGCUCUCUCCAGCUGCCAUGUCUCCUGCGAGCUCUUCACAAAGGUCUGGAACUCCUAAACCAUCUACUCCUACUCCAACCAACACCCCUUCAUCGACCCCACACCCUCCUGAUGCUCAGAGCUCAACUCCUAUUACCCCUUCUGCCACCCCUACUCCCCAAGAUUCAGGCUUCACCCCUCAGCCCACUUUGUUAACCCCAUUUGCUCAGCAGCAAAUGUCUCUGAGCCAGGCACUGCCUGUAAUGACCAUUCCUCUUUCCACCAUGGUAACAUCCAUUACUACAGGAACAACCUCCACCCAGGUCAUGGCCAACCCCGCAGGACUUAACUUCAUCAAUGUAGUGGGCUCUGUGUGUGGAGCACAGACACUGAUGAGUGGUUCAAACCCUAUGUUGGGGUGCAACACUGGUGCCAUAGCCCCUGCAGGUAUAAAUCUGAGUGGCAUUUUACCAUCAGGAGGUCUGGUACCAAGUGCGCUGCCCGCUGCAAUGCAGUCUGCCUCUCAAGCAGGCAGCCCAUAUGGUUUGAAAAAUGCAUCAAAUCUUCGACCCUUAAAUCUUCUACAGGGGUCUGACCAAGGUCCUUCCAAUCAAGAUCAGGCAUUAUCUGCCCAACAAGCUGCUGUAAUUAACCUGACUGGAGUAGGGAAUUUUAUGCAACCUCAAGCCACAGUGUUGUCUCAGCUUGGCUCUGCCGUGAACAGACCUGGGCAAAGCCUUCCUCAGCAGAGACUCCAGCUCUCUUCUGCCUUACAACAGCAACAGCAACAAGCCUUGCAGCAGCAGCAGCAACAGAUACAACAGUUGCGAUUCUUGCAGCAUCAAAUGGCUAUGGCGGCGGCGGCGGCAGCACAAGCAGCUCACCUGCGUCAUCAACAGCAUUCAGGCAGCCACUCAAAAAGUAAAAGGAAAAGAGGCACAUCAGCCCCUCCACAAUCCUGAGAUGGGCCUUCCCCCCUCCCAAAUAAAAACAGAUUCAGAGGGGAUUUUUUUUUUUUCCCAGAGUAAAAGGGAGAAAGCUUAAAAUCAAAUCGGUGUUUUAUAUUACUGGUGGGAAAAUGAACUUUUGACGUUACACUGAAAUAAAGGAACUUGGUUUUGGAAGCCAGCCCUACAGAAUUUAAGAGAUUUCAUCUAUAAAGCAGCUGAGGUCUGGUUUCCUUAAGUCACUUAAUUUUUUAACAGAACGUUUUAUCUUGUAUUUUUUACCACUCAGCAGCUUUGUACAUAGUAUAAGGGUGAAAAACGUUUUAGAAGAAAUGAACUUUGUAAAUGUAGUAUUGGUAUUUGUUUAUUUAGUAUAAAAGGUUUGUGAACACUG